AUGACUUUGCACCUGCCGAAACGACAGAUGUACCUAUGCAUGCUGCAGAUGACAUUAUUGACGCUGCCUCUCCAGUCAUUCAUACUGAUAACCGGCCAGACGAACACUACUAUUGGUCCUAUCAAGCCAAAGGCGCCCACUCCUCCAGCACCAUUGCCUAAGGCUACCUCUCAGAGUCUUGUCGUUCCAUCCACUACUGAUGCUACCCAACCACAAACACCCACCUCUACACCACUAGUGCCUAAGGCUACCUCUCAGAGUCUUGUCGUUCCAUCCACUACUGAUGCUACCCAACCACAAACACCCACCUCUACACCACUAGUGCCUAAGGCUACCUCACAGAGUCUUGUCGUUCCAUCAAUUACUGAUGCUACUCAGCCAAAAACACCUACACCAACACCACCAGUGUCUAAGGAUGCGUCGCCAAGUCUUGUCAUUCCACCCACCACCGGUACUAUCAACCCACAAACACCCACCCGCACAGCACCAGCACUCAAGGAUGGGUUUGAGGUUCCUCCUGCUGUUUCUUUCACUUCUGGAGUGGCCUCUCCUAGGGCAAAACCGAUGUCCUUUGUUUUACCGUCUGUUAUUUCUCCAAUCCCGAAGCUCAAAGAAAAGGUUUCUGUGACACGUAAAGGCAUAAAACGUGGAUCAACGGUUGUAUUAACAAGUAGCCCAUACAAGCAGCAACUCCUGGAACAGCAGAAAGCAAAUACUGUGAAUAAAGUGAUUAGGCCUAAAACAAAGGGGAAAGGAGCGAAAUGUGGUAGUAAGCGUGGCAAGGCCAGCAAAAUGUCUACAGUUGUAACGGAGGGGCCUGCUGGAAACAGCAUUGAUGAUGAAGAUGCACAGUGCUUAUAUUGCAAUGAUGUAUACUCUAAUUCGGCUGAAGGUGAAGUUUGGGUUCAGCGUACCACCUGCAAAGGGUGGUCUCACCAGGACUGUGCAGGGGUUGAAGAGGAUGACUUUAUUUGUGAUAUCUGUUCUGACUAA